CUAGUACAGCGAGAGUUAAAAAAAAUCGAGAGUUUGAGGGGAGAAAAGAGGUGUCGGCUAGAAGUAGCGCCGGGUGGCAUUUCAACCGCUCGAACAGUCAACAAAGCGUGAGGCGUCUGAACGAGACGAGACGUAUUGCACGCAAGCGUAUAGUAAUACUAUAGUUACCCAGUACGAAUGACACGUAACCGGUAAACCGAGAAAAAUCGCUUGUUCGCCUACAAUGAAGUGACUAGAGAGGCUACAAUUCGUUCUAUUAACACUGGUCAGUACUGGAAAAGUUUAUCGCAUCCGCGCAGCGGUCGAAAAAAGGAAACAGACAUUGGCCCACUGAAAAGCAGCACGACCAUGGCAAAAAACGGGACGACCACUAACGACCUAACGAAGUCAUCCGCCAUAAAGAUUCCGGAUGACUACGCCGGAUAUCCACUGAACUCAUUCUGCAUUCCUGCUCACUACUCCGAGGACCUGGAAAGAAUUCUGUUGCCCUGCGGCCUCAUUUUGGACCGCGUAGAACGGUUGGCGAAGGACAUAGCUAUGUACUAUCAGGACCAAAGUUUUUCGGCAUUUUGUGUCCUUAAAGGCGGCUAUAAGUUUUUCGCCGACCUUCUCGACCGUGUGAGGCAAUACAACCGUUUUGCGGGGCAUAGUUCUGUCCCUUUCUCAACUGAAUUCAUUCGUAUUAAAAGUUAUGUGGAUGGUCAAUCUACCGGAGAAGUUAAAAUGAUUGGGCUUGAUAAUUUCGACAACAUUCGAGGCAAAAAUAUCCUCAUCGUGGAAGAUAUCAUUGAUACAGGCCGCACAAUGGUUGCCCUUUUGGAACACCUCAAGGAAUAUGAACCGCGCGAAAUCAAAGUGGCUUCACUCUUCAUCAAGCGAACUCCUUUUAGCAACGGUUAUCGACCUGAUUAUAUUGGAUUCGAGACUCCAGAUCGUUUCCUUGUCGGCUAUGCCCUCGACUAUAAUGAACGAUUCCGUGACCUCAGCCACGUCUGCGUGAUCAGUGAUGUCGGCCGUCGAAAGUACGCGAGCAUCAAGUAAAACUGUGUAGCGUGUAAGUUCGAACGGGCGGAAAAGGACACGAGCAUAGCUGCGUAUGUGAUUCAUGUAACAAGUAGCAGCCAAAAUCAUAUAUUUACCAUUAAACUGCCACAUUACCAUAUCUGAUCAGCUUAAAAAUUGUCAUAUGGUCUUAUAAUAGUUGUUGACUUCGGAUCCGGCUCCGCGUUAUUAUUCCAAGAUGAAAGUAAUUACAUCAAAAGCGCGUUUGGUAAAAUAAUAAAUAUACGCGUGAAAAUAAUAAACGGUAAACUUUGUUUCGCUGCGAGGCGGAAACAUUUUCGUUUGUUUAUCACCUUAA